UAACGUGUUCAAAAUUCUCGACCUUGUAUCAUUGCUCGCUUGUUCAUGAUAGUUUUGAGGUUAACUAGUUCUUAUAGCAAACAUGUCCCGAACAAAAAUAUCAAUUUUAGCGAAACGGUCACUGAUCUUCGACCGCGUGCCAAGAAACUUCAGAAACUUUUGUACCACAAAAUCGAACAAGGCAACUAAAGAAGACCUUGAAACUCGGCGUAGAGAAGUAAUGGGACGAGGUCUUCCAAAGCAAAAACCAAUCGAAGGUGUAAAGCAGAUUUUAAUAGUUGCCUCUGGAAAAGGAGGAGUCGGAAAAUCAACUACCUCUGUUAAUUUAGCCGUAGCUUUAAAAAUGAACGAUCCUGAAAAACAAGUCGGAUUAUUAGAUGCAGACGUUUUCGGUCCAUCUGUUCCUUUAAUGAUGAAUUUAGACGAAUCUCCAGAAUUAAACGCGAAAAAUAUGAUGGAACCACUCGUCAAUUAUGGUGUCAAGUGUAUGUCGAUGGGAUUGUUAGUAAAUAAAGAAUCGGCUAUGAUUUGGAGAGGACUUAUGGUGAUGAGUGCUUUGGAUAAAUUAAUUCGACAAGUGGCCUGGGGCCCCUUAGAUUAUUUAAUAGUCGACACUCCCCCAGGAACAGGAGACACUCAUCUAUCCCUGGUUCAAAAUAUCCCUGUAGAUGGCGUUUUACUCGUUACGACACCGCAAAAAACUGCUCUUGAUGUCACAAGAAGAGGGGCCCUUAUGUACAAAAAAUUAAAUGUCCCUCUUGUUGGAAUUGUUGAAAACAUGAGCAGUGUUAUUUGUCCAAAAUGCAAUCAUGAAGCUUCUCUAUUCAGAGAUGGAUCUCUAAAUCUCGCUUGGGAAAUGGGCAUAAACAUCUUGUGCAAAAUUCCAAUCAAUGACGACAUCGCUGUGGGAUGUGAUAGCGGAAAACCAAUUCUAGUCUUGAAACCGAAUUCUAGAUCAUCAGAAAUUUACAAAAAAUUGGCAAAGGACGUUUCUCAAUUUUUACAAGAGCAGCGAGUCAAUGCCACGUGAAAAGUGGACGAGAUUUUGUAUUCAGAUGUAUUACGAAUAAUUUUUUUUUAUUAAAUGAUAUUUCAGGAUGGCUAUUUUAAUCGAGAAAACCAAUUCCCG